AUGACAGCCAUGAAGCAGGAGCAGCAGCCCACCCCGGGGGCCAGGGCGAGCCAGGCGCAGCCGGCGGACCAGGAACUGGGAAGUAACAGCCCUCCACAGAGAAACUGGAAGGGAAUCGCUAUUGCCCUGCUGGUGAUUUUAGUUGUAUGCUCCCUUAUCACAAUGUCAGUCAUCCUCUUAACCCCAGAUGAACUCACAAACUCAUCAGAAACCAGAUUGUCUUUAGAAGAUCUCUUCAGGAAAGACUUUGUGCUUCAUGAUCCAGAAGCUCGAUGGAUCAAUGAUACAGAUGUGGUGUAUAAAAGCGAGAAUGGACAUGUCAUUAAACUGAAUAUAGAAACAAAUGCUACCACAUUAUUAUUGGAAAACACAACUUUUGUAACCUUUAAAGCAUCAAGACAUUCAGUUUCACCAGACUUAAAAUAUGUCCUUCUGGCAUAUGAUGUCAAACAGAUUUUUCAUUAUUCGUAUACUGCCUCAUAUGUGAUUUACAACAUACACACUAGGGAAGUUUGGGAGUUAAAUCCUCCAGAAGUAGAGGACUCCAUCUUGCAGUACGCAGCCUGGGGUGUCCAAGGGCAGCAGCUGAUUUAUAUUUUUGAAAAUAAUAUCUACUAUCAGCCUGAUAUAAAGAGCAGUUCCUUGCGACUGACAUCUUCUGGAAAAGAAGGAAUAAUUUUUAAUGGAAUUGCUGACUGGUUAUAUGAAGAGGAAAUUCUGCAUUCUCACAUCGCUCACUGGUGGUCACCAGAUGGAGAGAGACUUGCUUUCCUGAUGAUAAAUGAUUCGUUGGUGCCUACCAUGGUCAUCCCUCGGUUUACUGGAGCAUUGUAUCCCAAAGGAAAGCAGUAUCCAUAUCCUAAGGCAGGUCAAGUGAACCCAACAAUAAAAUUAUAUGUUGUAAACCUAUAUGGACCAACUCACACUUUGGAACUCAUGCCACCCGACAGCUUUAAAUCAAGAGAAUAUUAUGUCACAAUGGUUAAAUGGGUAAGCAAUACCAAGACAGUGGUGAGAUGGCUAAACCGACCUCAGAACAUGUCCAUCCUUACAGUCUGUGAGACGACUACUGGUGCUUGUAGUAGAAAAUAUGAGAUGAUGUCAGAUACGUGGCUCUCUAAACAGAAUGAGGAGCCCGUGUUUUCUAGAGAUGGCAGCAAGUUCUUUAUGACAGUUCCUGUUAAGCAAGGGGGCCGUGGAGAAUUUCACCACAUAGCUAUGUUCCUCGUCCAGAGUAAAAGUGAGCAAAUUACUGUGCGGCAUCUGACAUCGGGAAACUGGGAAGUGAUAAAGAUCUUGGCAUAUGAUGAAAAUACUCAAAAAAUUUACUUUCUGAGCACCGAGUCUUCUUCCAGAGGGAGGCAGCUGUACAGUGCUUCUACUGAAGGAUUAUUGAAUCGUCAAUGCAUUUCAUGUAAUUUUAUGAAAGAACAAUGUUCAUAUUUUGAUGCCAGUUUUAGUCCUAUGAAUCACCGUUUCUUAUUAUUCUGUGAAGGUCCAAGAGUCCCAGUGGUCAGCCUACACAGCACGUACGAUCCAGCAAAAUAUUUUAUAUUAGAAAGCAAUUCCAUGCUGAAGGAAGCUAUUCUGAAGAAGAAGAUAGUAAAGUCAGAAAUUAAAAUCCUUCAUAUUGACGACUAUGAACUUCCUUUACAGUUGUCCUUUCCCAAAGAUUUUAUGGACCGAAACCAGUAUGCUCUUCUGUUAAUAAUGGAUGAAGAACCAGGAGGCCAGCUGGUCACAGAUAAGUUCCACAUUGACUGGGAUUCUGUACUUGUCGACACGGAUAAUGUCAUUGUAGCAAGAUUUGACGGCAGAGGGAGUGGAUUCCAGGGCUUGAAAAUUUUGCAGGAGAUUCAUCGAAAGUUAGGUUCAGUAGAAGUGAAGGACCAAAUAACAGCAGUGAAAUUUUUACUGAAACAGCCAUACGUUGACUCCAAAAGAUUAAGCAUUUUUGGAAAGGGGUAUGGUGGCUAUAUUGCAUCGAUGAUCUUAAAAUCAGAUGAAAAGCUUUUUAAAUGUGGAUCCGUGGUUGCACCUAUCACAGAUUUGAAGUUGUAUGCCUCAGCUUUCUCUGAAAGAUACCUUGGUAUGCCAUCUAAGGAAGAAAGCACUUACCAGGCCUCCAGUGUUCUACAUAAUAUUCAUGGUUUAAAAGAAGAAAAUAUAUUAAUAAUUCAUGGAACUGCUGACACAAAAGUUCAUUUCCAGCAUUCAGCAGAAUUAAUCAAGCACCUAAUAAAAGCUGGAGUGAAUUAUAGCAUGCAGGUCUACCCAGAUGAAGGUUAUAAUGUAUCUGAGAAGAGCAAAUAUCAUCUCUAUAGCACAAUCCUCAGAUUCUUCAGUGAUUGUUUAAAGGAAGAAAUAACCGUGUUACCACAGGAACCAGAAGAAGAUGAAUAG